CGCUGUUUUGCAGGGAGUCAGUAGCUUAUUGCUGAGCAACGGAGGGAGAGAAGGCCACCGCAGAGCCAGACUGAACUGCAGCAACGACAGGGCUGGGCUCCACACGCAGUCACAGAGCAACAAACAUCUUUAAGGAAAGGGAUGGCGUAGCUGUGUUGUGCUGUCAGUGGUCAAUCUGCAGUGAGCUACCUGGAGCAGAGAGGUUCGGACGAGAGGCUGCUGCAGGGUACAAAGAUGAGCGUGACCUCCUGGUUUCUGGUUAGCAGCGGUGGGACUCGCCACCGACUCCCGCGGGAAAUGAUCUUUGUUGGCCGGGAUGACUGUGAGCUCAUGCUACAGUCGCGCAGUGUGGAUAAGCAGCAUGCAGUCAUCAACUACGAGCCUGGGACUGACGAACACAAGGUUAAGGAUCUGGGCAGUCUGAAUGGGACCUUUGUAAACGAUGUCCGCAUUCAGGAGCAGAUGUACAUCACUCUAAAGUUAGAGGACAAGCUGAGGUUUGGAUAUGAUACCAACCUGUUUACGGUGGUGAGAGGAGAACUCACUGUGCCUGAGGAGGCUCUAAAGCAUGAAAAGUUCACCAUUGGCCUCCAACUCAGCAAGAAGCCAUCGACUGGUGAAACUGCUAGCACCACAGCCACAAGCAAAUCUCCCACUAAGACCCCAACAAAGGCACAUAGAUCCCCCAGCCACACUAAAUCAGGGGAGAGCAAAGUCACGGAUGGGGUCACUUCCUCCAAAGACUCGUCUGCCAAACCUGUUGACACUCAUAAAGCUGAGGAGAGGAUAGGAGGGGAUAUUACAGCACUGCCUCGUGGGACCCCCCUAUAUGGCCAGCCGUCUUGGUGGGGGGAUGGGGAUGCAGAUGAUGAGAAUUCUUUCAAACAGGAAAACAGGACAUCCACAAAAAAGCAUGACAGCUCCACUUCAGAAAGCAAAGAGGCACAUCGAGGGGAGAAAGCUAAAGAGGGUGGCCUUCAUGCGCCCACUGCCCAUGAUUCCAGUUACUUUGAGAUCCCCACCAAGGAGGGUCACAUGGCCAGUAACGGCAUCCACGAGAUUCCUACCAAGGACACCGAGGGCACAGCCAGUCACAUCACCACAGCUCAAGGUCACGCCUCCUUUACCAUAGAGUUUGACAACACGUCUCCAGGGAAAGUCACCAUUAAAGACCAUGUGUCAAAGUUCACACCCGAUCACCACAGAUCUCGCUCCAAGAAGAGUGGAGCAGGAAGUGGAGGUGCAGGAGGAAGGGACUUGAGUACCCUACAGGCUGCUAUGAUGGCAUCUGAGAGCAAAGUAGCUGAUUGGCUAGCCCAGAAUGACCCCACUCUUGUGCGCAGCGAGUCGACAGAGGAUGACAGCAAGAGCAGCAAGAGCAUCAAGAGCGAUGUGCCAGUUCAUCUGAAAAGACUGAAAGGCAGCAAACAUGAGGAUGGCACCCAGAGCGACUCAGAGAAUGGGCUGGGGCUGCGUUUUGCCAACCGACGCCAUGCUUUAGAGGAACGCCUAAAAGCGUCACACAGCCACGUGGGAGCAGGAGGAUCUGGAGAAACAGGAGGGGGGAACAUAACAGUCAGUGGGACCAGAACAACUGGGACUCGUACUGCUUUUAUGAUCGAGUUCUAUGAUGAGGAAAACCCUCGCAAGCGCCGGUCAUAUUCAUUUUCCCAGACCGCACCCCUGCUGGGAGCAGGAGUUGGCGGAGAGGGACUCUGUCCUCAGCCUCCUUCUCACCCCAAGGUGUUUAGCAUUUCCACCUCGGCCACAACAGCCUCAGACUCAGGUAAGGUCCCAGCCCCAAUACCAGCUACAGUGACUGUAGGUGCCCCCACAGCUGCCCGAGUGCUUCUUAAACAGAGGUCAGAGGACCCAAGUAUUGGUCGGAGCUCAGCCAGUACCGGGCUGGCGACUGGUAGCCCCACCACCCCCAGUGAGGACACAUCAGUUGUGGGCAGAGGUGCAAGUACAGCUGGUGUGGAGGCAGAAGACGACCACAGUGAUAAAGGCACAUACACCAUCGAACUGGAAAACAAGAACCCGGAGGAAGAGGAGGCCAGGCGAAUGAUAGACAAGGUGUUUGGUGUGCAGCAGAACAAAGACUCGUCGAUUCUGUCAGACCUGAAAGGAGAAGGAAAAGGAAAGGAGGCAGGACAGAGUGGAAAAGAGGCUCUCCCUGGUGAUUCUAGCUGGGUCUCUCAGUGGGCCAGCAUAGCAGCCAAUCACACAAGAACAGACCCAGAGGGUUCAGGAGCAGAAACAGCCAGCUUCCUGCACAAAGAGAGAGGUGCUAAUACUGUUGAGUCUGGUGCCUCCCUCAGCAGAGGCGAAUCCUCCUCCAGUCUGACUGACCGUAAGCGUAGGACCCUCCCUCAGCUCCCUGUGGAUGACUCCCGGGCUAAAUCCGCUACCCAGACUCUGAGGUCAGAGAUUGGGGAAAAGCAGGAUACUGAACCUCAGGAGAAAGAGAACAAGGGAGACGGGGAGUCCCCGACUCCCACGGAGGACAGCGAAAUGACUAGUAAACGGAAACAAAGCUCCACCUCCUCUCCAUCUAAGGCUUCUCUCCGGACCUCUGGAAGCACUGAGAGGAGGAAGAAGUCAGAGGAGAGGAAAGGAGGAGGAGGAGGAGCAGGAGAAGGAAGUGAGAAGUCUGGAAAGCCUCUCGUCCGCCAGGGCAGUUUCACAAUUGAGAAGCCCAGUGCCAGCGUCCCUGCCGAGCUCAUCCCACGUAUAAACAGAGGCUGCAAUGGGCGUGAACGCAGUGAUUCUGUAGGCAGUAUGGAUACUGCAACUCUCCUGAAGGACACUGAAGCUGUCAUGGCUUUCCUAGAGGCCAAACUAAGAGAUGAAAACAAACUAGAUCAGAAAAGUAGUAAAGGUGGCAUCACUGCUCAGGGUUCAAGUUCAGCCCUCCUCCCUCGGACUGACUCUAUCUCUCCUGAGUCAGAUGUGGACACAGCCAGCACAACUAGUCAUGUGGCUGAAUCAGCAGAUAAGAAAGCAGCAGCCAGUGUACAAAAACGGCGUUCCCUCAGCAGCAUGCACCGGGAGAAAAGCAAUAUGAGCACAGCUUCCAAAACCAGCAUCACAAAUCCCAGUGCUCGUGAACGGUUGGAGAGAAAGACUAAAAGCAGGCCAGUCGAAGCAACGACCCGGACUGAUGCACGUCGCUCUGUUCAACCAUCUUCUGCCUCCUCCAGAGCACGGCAGCCCUCUGCAGAUCUCACUGAUGACGACCAGACUUCAUCCUUUCCCAUCUCCGACAUCCUCUCCUCAGACCAGGAGACCUACUCUGGACCUCUGGGGCACUCAGCACACGGACGCGGCUCAGAUGAUGUCUUGCAAUCCAAACUUGAUAGGUCUGCUAAGACAUCUGCCAGUGGUUCUUCCAAAACCAGCCGGACUCUUCAUGCAGCCACAGCCUCCUCCUUGAGCAAGCAAGCCUCACUGCCUCAGCCGCGACCCACAAGAGCUUCCCUUCUCCGUCGUGCUCGACUGGGAGACACAUCUGACACGGAUCUAGCUGAUGCAGACAGGGUGUCUGUGGCUUCUGAGGUGUCCACCACCAGCUCCACCUCUAAACCGCCAUCGGGCCGGAAAGGGAUGUCACGGCUGGAUUUGCUGGCGCAACCCCGAAGAAACCGUCUGGGUUCCAUCUCAGCCCGCAGUGACUCUGAGUGUACAGUGACCCGAAGCUCCACCUCUUCACCCCGGCUAUCAUCUGAGACUGCUCUGCGUCUGGGCUUGCGCUCAUCAACACCCACGGAGAACAAGCUGACACCCAGGAUGAGAGCCAACAGCGUGUCCAAACUGAAUGAAGCCAAAACCAAGACCACUACAGCGGGGUACUGCUCGCCCACAGAGAGCUUUCAACCCGAACCUCCAGGUGGUGAUACAGAGGAGGAGCUAAUGGGGGUGUCGGACCACGUACAGUCCACUUUGUGGCAAAGAAAGAAAUCUGUCAGCACGACUCUUUGGGCCGAAGUUAUAAGACAUGCAGAAUUAGUGUCCAGCAGCAGCAGGUGGAGACGUUUGCCACCAGAGUACGGUUCCACCUCGGAGGAAGAGUUCGGCUCCAAUCGCAAUUCUCCGAAACGGCCCCACGUGCGGCCUCAUCACAUCGUCCCACACCGCAACUCCAGACUCGGCGCCACUGUGAGCCCAGUUGGGGUGACGGGUCCAGGUGGAGUGGGGAUUAAACACCGCAUGAAAGAGCAAGAGGAGUACAUCAGGGACUGGACAGCACACAGCGAGGAAAUAGCCAGGUUAUUCCCCUGUGUGCGCAGGAUCAGCCAGGACCUGGCUAAGGACUUGGCCAUCUUGGCUCGUGAAAUCCACGAUGUUGCCGGCGAGAUUGACUCAGUCAGCUCAUCCGGCACAGCACCCAGCACCACAGUCAGCACCGCUGCCACCACUCCAGGAUCGGCCAUUGACACUCGGGAAGAGGUAGGCCCUGCACGUCCCACGCAGCCGGAUAUACAGGACAGCAUGAAAAAGUUGGUUGAUCGGGUGUUUGAUGAGAGCCUCAACUUCAGGAAGAUCCCACCUGUGAUUUCAACUAGUAAGCCACCAGAGAUAAACGGUAAACCAGCAGAGCUCCGGCCCCGUGCUCCUGACAACUUGGAGCCUCGAGCUUUAAGAAGACGCACCUGGAAUAGAGAGGAGGCCGUACUAGACAGCCUGCUGCUCCAUUCAGUUUCCCAGCUGUCCACCAAGAUCAGGCACUCCAUCGACAAAACAGCAGGAAAAAUAAGGAUUUUGUUUAAGGAUAAGGACAGGAACUGGGAUGAAAUUGAGAGUAAACUAAGAUCAGAGAGUGAAGUGCCACUCCUUAAAACUUCCAACAAGGAAAUUUCUGGUAUUCUGCUUGAACUGAAGAGAGUCGAAAAGCAGCUUCAAGUGAUCAAUGUGAUGGUAGACCCAGAUGGGACUCUGGAUGCCUUGGCCAGCCUCGGCCUGACCAGCCCCACAACCCCUACAAAGCCCCAAGCCGCCAAAACAACUCCCCCCUCUGCUACCAGCCCUGGGUCGGCACCCCCAGCCAAAGAAUCACUGCCGGAGAUACUUCCAGGGUCUGGAGGUUCAGCAGCAGCCUCCGCCAGGGUUCAGACUUCUUCUGCCAGCACGGAGGAGAAAGCACGCGACACCAGCAUGGGUCUGGGCAAAUCGGCAGUCGGAGGUCUUAGCUUCAGCCGGAUCCGGCCGAGCGGAGAGGAGGCCAUCGCCCAGAAGUAAAGUUUGGUUUAUGUGAAUAAACAAAUGGAUUGGAGUGCAGGCGGCUGGUGAUCCAUGUAGAAACAUUCAAACUAUUUUGUUUGUUUAUUUGUUUAUGACAGAACAAUGGCCAUUCUGAGACUAUACCAGUCUAAGAUUAUAGCGUAAUAUAAAAAAAACUUAGCAAAAGAUCUCCUGACCGGAAUUGAAGUGCUUCAUCUGACCUUUAGACUCCCCUCUCUGACCCUCAGCUGAUACAUCAUGAGUUAACCAUGAACAGAAAUUGACCCAUGAAUGAUUUGAAAGACUGACAUUUCAACUUUGAACUGUUCAAGCUGACCGGCUGACAUGAUGGUCCCGGUCGGGUGCUCUCUCAGUGGACAGAUUUCUGUGGGCGUACAGUCUCCUCCAGUCCUCUUGCCUUCUCCGUGUGUCUGGACCCCUUCUACACUAAGGACAUGCCUUAAAACAUAUUCUUUAAUAGUAGCAGCAUGACCCUGUAUCCCCUCUACUUCAAAGACUUUUAACACUUUCAUGACAGACUGCAUUGUAACAUAACACUUGCAAAACAUGUUCUAUUUACACUAGAACGAAAUACAACACACUGCAAUAAUUUAUUAGCUCCACGCCAGUGCAAAGAAUAUUUCAGCAGCCUUAAAUAACCACCCUGACAAACCACAGUCAUAAAUAGACAUGCUUUAUGCCAGGAACUGCCAAAUUGCAGAUGUUUUAUAUAUUUCCGAAUUGUAACCGUCCAUUGAGCCGUCUCUCAAACUGAUUUGCAGUGCCUCCCCAUCCUUCGGUUCACCUAUUUCUUGUUCGCCUGUUAUGUUCCUCUCUGUCCUUCCUGUUUUUUCCUCCUUGUAGCUGGAAACAUGUUUGUCAGAGCAGUAGCACAUGCAUGAGAGAGCUGAGUGUUUUCUCCCUGCAAGCUAGCGCCUGCAUUGCUCUCAACAAUACUAAAUGCUGGUUUUACUCAGUAGUAACACCCUAUGGGAAACCAAUGAUAAUCACUUACCAAAGCGAGCAUGUUUUCAAACGGUAAAAAAUCAUCAACUGAUAUUGCAGUUCAUCUUAACUUGAUCUGGUCUGCAGUUCACCCGCCUCUCUGAAUGUCAAAACCCAGUCUCUGUUAGCAAAUUAACGAUUCAAGAAGAUUAUUUAUUAUAACGAAUCAUUAUUUUAAUAAUUGUAAACAGAUAUUUCUGGCCCCUGUGAGAAUCUAUGCCUAAGUGUCUUUAUGAUUUCCAAUUGGCUUUUUCUCUGCUUUUUUUCAAGUCACAGAUUGACUUCUUUUUCAAGUAGCAACAAAGAAGGUCACUGUUUAAACCACUGUUUUAUAUUUAGACACUUUUCUUAUGAUUUGACUUGUUCGUUUUCUUCGUGAAUACAAAAUCUGAACUUGAAAAAAGCUGCUGGGUUAGUUUCAAUUAAUGUGCUGUCAAAAGAAUAUGGGCACCUCACAAGAAGCCUUUUUUAUGGUUUAAAAUAUCAGUCGUUAAAUUGAUUAGAUAAUUAUAAAAUAAGCUCCCCGUCUGUGAAGAUUUAAUGAAUUUUGCUUGUGUAUAUACAGAAGGUGCAUUGUUAUCUUACUGAUACUGUGGAAUUUCAGUAUAAUUAACCUCUUACUCAUUGACUUUGCUGCUUUUGUAGUUACUUUAUGGGGACUAACCAUUUUCUGAAUCUCUCUCCAGCUUAUAGUCUGUGUACUAGAGUAAGACAACUUAAAGGCAAGUGUAUUAGUACUUAGAUGCUCAUGGAAUAGUGAAUUAGGUACCACAAUACAUGUUCAUUUCCUUCUCUCUAUACCGUACUGUACAAUGUUUUUCAAUGCCUCAAAGUGCCCGUUUUGAAGCUGGGGGGGCAUUGAUUACAAGAAGAAAAAAAGACGUACUCGUCUAAAGAAGAUUUAUCUGGUUUUGCACAUCAGAUUGUGGUGUUUUUUCAUGCAGAAGUAGUCAAAGGCUGCAUCAGAUGAGCGAUAUCACUUAGCCUGAUAUCAGACGUGACUGCCUUGCCUCUCUGGAACUAUUCUGCCUGUACAAAAAAAAAAGAAGAAGCCUCUAAUUGUGUUUUUAUUUUUUAUUUUCUCCCAUUUUAUCAGAAAAAAUAGAAAUUGGGGGACUGUGAAUGCUAGGUACAGGCUUAUUUUUUAAAACUCUACAUGUGUCAUCUGCUCAGUGUUCUUUGUAUUUUUUUCUUGUUAUUUUUGUAAAGAAAAAAAAAACACCAUUUUAUUUAUUUUUUUUGUUUUUGUUUUAAUAUGUUGUGGAUGUUUCAUGCAUUUUAUAUUUGUUCAGUUAUCUGCAUUGGUUCUUACUGUUAAUAAAAAAGAGCCAUACA